AAAGAGUGAAGGAGAGUGAGAAAGAGAGAGAGGAAGAGAGAGAGAGAGAGAGAGAGAGAGAAAGGGGGAGAAAUAUAGUGGACAAGGAAAAACAGCAGCAGACACCGCUGUUAGGAUCUUAUUUCAUGUAACCGUUUGUUUGUUUUUGUACAGUUGGACAACUUUCAGGAAACUGGUAAGAACGAUGUUCCGAGACAAUCUAUGGUUCCACCCAACGGGUUAAAGCAACAUCAAAAGUUUUGGUUUUGAUUUACCAUUGUCCUUCUUGCUGUCCGUUUUGAUUUGACGCAGAUCUUGUGAAAUUGAAAGAGGAUUUAACAAAAAGAAAAGAAAUAGAGAAAGGGUGAGAGAGGGAGAGAGAGACAGAAAAGAAAAGAGGAAAGUAAAAACGAGAUAUGAAAAUUAAGAAAUAAGAUCGAGAAAGGAUUUAUGAAAUAAAAAUAACGAUAAGAGUAACGAAAAAAAAAAAAUUUCUCAGGACGAUAAAAAAAUUAUGCAACCGAGAUAAAGACUGAUUGAUAAAUAAAAGAAAGGUAGUUUUAAAACAAAUAAAAGUUAAAAGAAAAGAAAAGUAAAAGUCUUUCGAUAGCAAUUUAUCAUUCAUUUUUUGCAAUAACUAAAAUAAUUGCUGCUGAAUAUCUUAUCGUCUGCUUUAGUGAUUUCACUUCUGCACUGGUACGAUUUAAUGGCGUUACACCAUAUGGAGAAGAAAAACGAAGACGAAGGCGAACAAAACUUGCAACAGCUUUUUUGGGCAUGUGACUUAGAUGGUUCCGGAUAUAUUGACCAGUCUGAAUUAGCGACAGUAUGUACUGACAUGUCAACGGAUGAGCUAAAUAAUGUAUUCGAAGAAUUGGAUACUGACGGAGACGGACGCAUUAGUGUUGACGAAUUUGCUCACGGUUUUAAAGAAAUCAGUAGUUCUCUACUUCAAAAAUCCCGUGAAAGGCGUCGCAAGAGCCUUGCGGAUCUAAUGGACGAAGAAGAUAUUUUCAAAGAGAGUUCCUGUAAUGAAUUCGUUGGUACCUUAGAAGAAGGGUUUAAAUGCCUGUCUUGCCAAGACAAAGUGUGUGACCUAUACGAGAUAUUACACAGAACUGGAAACACAGACGCUGUUGGAAAACUAGAAGCUGUUAUUAUUAACGUUAUCAACGACAUUAGAACUUACAAAAGAGAUGCAGAAAGACUUGAAAAAUUAUUCCAGAAGUUAGUAAAGUUUCUCAUUAUCCUAUUCUCCAUUAAAUAUAUCGGAAAACAGUUGGAAAUCAAGAUUUCUCUUGUUUCUCAUGCUGUUGUUUGGUCCCAGGAACAGCAAAAACAUGAAUUAGACAAAAUUGAGUUGAGGAAAAGUUUGGAAAAUGAAAUUUACCAGCUGAGAGAAACCAUCAGACACCUUGAAAUUAAUGAACUUUUUUCUUCUUCAUUCAGAGAGAAACGUGAGAUGAUGGAUUUCAUGAAAGAACAAGACAACCUUACACGACAGCUACAUCUACUUCAUGAUGCAAAUAAGAAACUCCAUGAUACGAAUGACGAUCUGAGAGAAGCUUUAGAUAUGAACCGGCAACAAACGGCACAUAAACGUUCCUAUUCAUCUGGGGCACCCAUUAUUACGAGUAAUUUAAAUAAACCAUUUACUGACGGUUUACUGGACAGUCCACUGGUUGGACAACCAGCCCAUGUAGCAGCCUCGCUGGCCGAGGAGGUGGUCAUGGCCGAAGCACUAGUACAACGUAAAAAUAGCCCCAAUAUGCUCAGAAUUAUUCGUAAAGGUAGCUAUGAAGAAGACAGUAUUGCUGAAGAUGUAGACAGCGGUCAUUCUACCAUUCGCGAUGCAGGUGAUAUGGACACGGAAUCCGAGUACACGAGUACAGGAGAUGAUUUUCUUAAAGGACGGCGGCACAAACGAUUUCGACCGGUAUUUGAGGAACAAGAUUCCCAUGAUGAAAUAGAGACAGAAACAGAAGUUCCGACAGAUGACCAAGAUGCAGAUUUAUUCAAAGCCACAGCUCACAGAUGUCCAGCAUCUGUUGGCAGCCGCGGUUCUAAUCGUAGUUUACGUGAUUCGGGCAAUGACCUCAAUAGUAACCAACUACCAAACCGUAUUUCACGGAGAGGACCUAGUAUUCAACAAGAGCUAGCUAAUCAGAAGGCUAUGAAAGAGCCUGAACGUAUGUACAAAGUGGUUUUGGCUGGCGACGCUGCAGUUGGAAAAACAAGCUUCAUCAUGAGAUUAUGUAAAGGCAAAUUUGUAACAAAUUUAAGUUCGACACUUGGAGUUGACUUUCAAACAAAGACCCUUUGUGUAGAUGGUCACACAAUAGCAUUGCAAUUAUGGGACACAGCGGGCCAAGAAAGGUUCCGCAGUAUUGCCAAAUCAUACUUCCGGCGAGCUGACGGUGUAUUACUUUUGUACGAUUGUACUUACGAACGGUCAUUUAUAAACGUCCGUGAUUGGUUGCAAACGAUUGAAAAUGGUGCCCAGAAACGUCUUCCUAUCAUGUUGUGUGCCAACAAAACAGAUUUGAGAGCUGAAAUGGAGGCACACGAUCGACGAACCGUAAAGUUUGAAGAUGGCCAGAGAUUAGCAAGGACAUUUGAAGGUCUUUUUAUUGAAACAAGUGCCAAGGAUGGAAACAAUAUUAACGAAGCAGUAUUAGAGUUAACAAGGUUAUUACGCACAAACGAAGAUUUAGAAGUUCGUUCUGUUGGAAUGCGUUUGUUUGAAAUGAGAAAUGAGCCAACGAAGAAACCUGGCAUCUGUUGCAAGACUUGAUGUCGUAAAAGACCCAGAAUAAAAGUGUUUGAUAUAUAUAUAUAUAUAUAUAUAUAUAUAUAUAUAUAUAUAUAUGGCUACCAUGUGUAAACCACCCGUUUUAUUACCCAUUAUAUAUAUAUAUAGUCACACGUAUGUAUACAUGUACAUACAUACCUGUAUAGAUGUAAAGAACAAGGGUAUUGUUUUUUUCGCGUAAAAUACAAAAGACGUUAUAAUACAUACGUGCAUAUAUACAUACGUACAUACAAACAUACACACGCACACACACACACACACACACACACAUGUAUGUAUGUAUAUAUGUAUAUUCAUAUAAUAUAUUUUCUGUGUAUAAGUUAUUUGCAUGUAUUUGGAACUUUAUACAUUUGUAACAACACCAUUUCCAAUAUGGUACAUUAUUCUCGCUGUUACGUAAAUCGAUAUGUGUAUCGGGACGCAUUUUGAUUUUAGUCUUGGUGAAUUUAUAAUAUAUACCUCCAUCUUCCUAACUGCAGGCAGAAUAUAUAUAUACACAUGCACAUAUGCGUCUGUAUAUAUAUAUAUAUAUAUAUAUAUAUAUAUAUAUAUUAAUAACUAGUAAUAACAAUUUUGAUAAUCAUCAUGAAUCUGACAAAGUAUCAAUCUGUAGAUAUUAUCACAAAUCGAAGGGAGAACGUUCUCAUUGGUUCCGAUUCGAUCUCCGGUUAUUAUCAUUUCGGUUCCCUUACAUUGGGAAAAUGCAUGAAUCUCAUUAAUUUCUUUCCCUCCAACAAUUGCCAAUCUCUAAUUAACAUACUUUUAACGGAAGACGUGUGAUUGUUUUUUUUUUCCUAUGUAAGGCAAUGUAGAAACAAUUGUCUUGACAACAUUAUAGGAGAAAA